AUGCUUAGCAUUGAUGGGAUGGGAUUUUGGGGCACUUUGGGGGCCCAGAACAACUGCAAUAUCGAAUGGAUGGGGUGGCCAGCCAACCCACUCAUCGUCCUUCUAGCUGCAGGGUGGGCGGCCAAUUCAAAAGGUGGUGGCCACUGGUCUUACAUUCCACGUGUUGACGAGUUCGGGACUUUUCCAGCAGGGCUGCUGCUCAUGUUUGAUUCGAAUCCUUGUUGUAUCGCCGCGGCUCAGCUGCGCGGACAAGUCAGCGCCCGACACACCAAAAACUGCGUCUCUUUGCCCUGGCUCGAGAUCAGCGGCCCUUUUGCCGGACGCAAUUUGCCAUCAGUCUCACCACGGCUGACCUGUGCUGCAGACGAUGGACGGCUCAGGGGCGCAAAAGAACUCCAAAUGAGCGAUGCCCAGACACAUGACAUGGUGUUGUAG